CACCGAAUUCCUCCCAAUGACAAGCAUUUAAUUUUUAUCAAAAGGGCCGGUUUGUACUUCGUACAAAAGCGCUAAAUCAUCGCUACAAUCUCGUUUAACCUUGUACUCUCCUAUCACAACAAACGGUAUAAAUAAACAUCAAAUGCCGUCAUCACCCAUUAAACGUGCGAUUUCCGGGGGCGUAAACAUGGUCAAAGCCAGGCGAUACAUUUUCGAAAAGCAGUUCGAAGGCCUGCCCAAAUCAACCGACCUGAGGCUAGUUGAAGAGGAGCUGCCGCCAAUCAAGGAUGGAGAGUUUUUGGCGGAAGCCGUUUAUUUGAGCGUAGACCCGUACAUGAGGGCCUACGCCCCUCGCUUGUCUCUUGGCCGGACUUUCAUUGGAUCACAAGUGGCAAAGAUAAUUGAGAGCAAAAAUGACAAAUUCCCAGUCGGGAAGUACGUGGUUGGGGAAUUUGGCUGGCGAACUCAUUCCAUCUCUGACGGAAGGCCGCUGGAAGUCGGGAGACCUGGGGCUUGGCUCGCUCCGGAGCUGGAGGGACUGCCCUUGUCCUACACGCUGGGGAUUUUGGGAAUGCCCGGAAACACGGCCUAUUUCGGCUUUUUGGAGCUGUGCAAGCCCAAAUCCGGCGAAACGGUGGCGGUGACAGGCGCCGCCGGUGCCGUGGGCAGCAUCGUGGGCCAAAUCGCCAAAAUCAAGGGUUGCACAGUGAUCGGAAUCGCCGGUUCGGACGAAAAGGGCAAAUGGCUCGUAAACGAGCUGAAAUUCGACCACUUCAUCAACUACAAAGACCCCGACUUUGAGAAAAAACUGGCACAAGCGGCCCCCAAAGGCAUCGACUGUUACUUUGAUAACGUGGGCGGCCAGAUCAGCACCACCAUUAUGAACAAGAUGAACCUCUUCGGGAGGGUGGCAGUUUGUGGCGCCAUUUCGGGCUACAACGACAAAAGUGCGGCGAGGGCCGACCCCGUCCAGUUCCCUCUGGUGUUCAGCCAGCUGAAGAUGGAGGGGUUUGUCGUCCACCGAUGGGCCGAUCGGUGGUUUGAAGGGAUUUUGCAAAAUAAAAAGUGGAUCAAAGAGGGGAAGUUGCGGUACAAGGAGACGGUGACUGAAGGGUUCGAGAACAUGUUCAAGGCGUUCGUGGAUAUGCUGCAAGGGGGAAACACCGGGAAAGCCAUUGUUAAAGUUUAGUCUCUUAUUAUAAUUUUUUUGUAAAUAAAACACUGUUAAAACGU